GUGCAUAUGCUCGAAACAAUAGCAAGACUUGCUAUGGUGCGUAUAGCCACAAGAUCCAGAGAAUCUCAUGAACACCAAGGAAAAUGUACACCAUAUGUGCAGAGAGUUCUCGCUAAGGCUCUUGUUGAUAAGCCCUUUAAAGACGGAGCCAACAAAUGUGUUGUUAGAAGAAGCGUUAAAGGCUACUUUGACUCAAGAUUGAAUGGCCAAACUCAUCGUGUCCAUUUGGAGAAAAGAACUUGUUCGUGCAGAAAGUUCGACAUCACUGGAAUUCCAUGUAAGCAUGCAUAUGGUGUGAUGCUGAAGUUAAAGGUUGAUCCGUCAGACUAUGUUUGUGAGUGGUUUCGCACGGCUAAGUAG